CACCAGCUUCGAGCCAACGUGUCAUAUGCAGCACUGCCUAAUGACCUUCGAGAGAUGCUUCAGCGGAGGCUUGGAGACCUGGAACGCCAGCUCCUGAGCAAAGUGGCUGAGCUUGAAGAUGAAAAGUCUCUGCUUCAUAAUGAGACAUCGGCCCAUCGGCAGAAGACUGAGACAGCCUUGAAUGCAUUGCUAGAAAGAGGGAAAAGGUUGCUAAAAGGUAACAGUGCAUUUAAGUCGCCUGAUGAAUUCAAAGUCUCCCUUCCCCUUCGCACAAACUACUUAUAUGGGAAGAUCAAGAAGACUCUGCCAGAGCUGUAUGCUUUUACUGUGUGCUUGUGGUUGAGAUCAAGUGCCUCUCCUGGAAUUGGCACUCCGUUCUCCUAUGCUGUUCCUGGGCAGGCUAAUGAAAUUGUCCUCAUAGAGUGGGGGAAUAAUCCAAUUGAACUGCUAAUUAAUGAUAAGGUUGCCCAGCUCCCACUCUUCAUCAGUGAUGGAAAAUGGCAUCAUAUCUGUAUAACGUGGACAACCAGAGAUGGAAUGUGGGAGGCUUUUCAGGAUGGAGAGAAGCUUGGCACUGGGGAGAAUCUUGCUCCUUGGCACCCAAUUAAACCUGGAGGUGUCUUGAUCCUGGGUCAGGAACAGGACACAGUAGGAGGAAGAUUUGAUGCAACUCAAGCCUUCGUUGGGGAGAUGAGCCAGUUCAAUAUAUGGGACAGGGUCUUAAAAGCUGAAGACAUCAUGAAUAUUGCUAACUGCUCUACCAACAUGCCUGGCAACAUCAUACCCUGGGUUGAUAACAACGUUGAUGUGUUUGGAGGUGCUACUAAAUGGCCUGUGGAGACAUGUGAAGAGCGAGCUGCAAUUGUUUCCCAUUCAAGUGCCCCUUUUCGUAGGACAAUCUUCUGUGCAAUCUAA